AUGUUUCGGGUUGAAAGGAGGAUGGUUGACCUCUGGGCGACGGUUCCCUGUGCAACUGAUAUGGUAUUGUUCGGAUACGAUCAAGGUACCUUCGGUGAUAUUAUCGUCAUGCAAGACGUUCUCGAUACUCUCAAACUCAAGGGCAACACGUCCAUGAUCGGCACUAUGACGGCUCUCUACGUUAUCGGCGGUCUCUUUGGCGCCAUAAUUGCUGUGAUGGUGGGAGCCUUGCCUGGACAAAAGAAGACGAUCCUCAUCGGAACUUCCAUCGGGGCUGUGGGAGCGAUCAUGCACAUAAAACAGCACUCAUUCAACUGCCCCACUCUGGCAGUCCGAGGCCUCAAAGCAAGCUGGAGAGGAAACCUAGUCGUCAUCGUAAUGAUCUUAAACAUUGCUGAAUUUUCCCUGUCAAAUUGGGUUACAUAUGGGUUCUCAUUCGUCGGAGGUUUCCAUCUCAUGGAGAUUCCCGCUUGCGUUCCAAUUCACCUUCAUCUUCGUUCUCCUCGGAACUGUUCCCUGGCUCCCGAGUCCCCUCCAAGCCGCAAGAUUCUUGCCGACCUCGAGGGUUUGGACGCCAAGGGUGGGCACGUCACCAACGAUGUCAAAGAAAUUGAAUUUACGGGCGACCUUCUUCGCGGUCGAACAAGGGAUCAGGGAGGAACAUCCACUAUCCGCCGACUCGUGCUCGGAAUGGGCACACAAAUCAUGCAGCAGCUCUCAGUCUCCUACCUCCUUUUCAGCUUAGUUGCCAUUCCCAACAUCGAACGCUGGGGCCGCAGAAACCCGAUAAUGUACGCAGCCGGCCAAGCACUCUGCUGCGUCUUCGUUACAGUUCUCAUCACCUACUCCGAGCUCGAAGGUUACCAAUACCAGGAACAAGUCGCUUCCGCCUCGGUUCCGUUCUUCCUGUAUUAUAUCUUCUUUGGCAUCGGUUGGCAGGGUGUGCCGUGGCAGUACCCGAAUGAGAUUAACUCGGCCUCUAUGCGCACCAAAGCUUCUGCUCUAGGCACUGCCGGGGACUGGAUCUUCAAGUCCAUUGUCACGGUGUUCGACGCCUCGUCCGUGCCGAUUGUGUACCUCUUCUAUCUUGAAACCUCGGACAGCACCCUCGAAGAUAUCGAUCGUUUAUUCCGAGAGAACGGCGAUAUCCUCAUCUUCAGGGAUAAGAAUGCGAUUGCGAUUGCAACUGAGAGGACAGCGGCCUACUUCUAG